CCUUGUCUCUCUCACUCUCUCACGUCUUCUCAGUUCUCGCAUUCUCUCUCUCUCUCUCUCUCUCUCUCUGCCACUCUGCAACAAAUUUUUCUGGGGCACCACAACCACAACUGCAAGGCCAAGCUUACGAUACUACAUUCUCUUGAGACGUCAGCACAGAUAUUGAAUUUCGACAGCCUUUUUUUUUCCCAUUCGCAUGCCCUCUUUUUCCGCCACCGUCCAGAUCUCGUUCCCCUCUUUAAUAGUUGAGUUUUGAGAACAAAACAGAACCCAGAAAAAAAUUCGUUUUCUACGCCUUUCCUUCUCCAUUUUAUACUGUUUCUGAAGAGCAUCUCUACAUCCCUUAAACGCCCAACUGUUUUGAUUCCUUUUGACUCUGCUUUAUUUAUUCAAUCUUUUUUUUUGUUGGUCUGGAGUAAUAUAUUGAAUUGGGGAUGCGUCAAAGAAGCUGCUCAUUCUCGAAUGGUUAGAGCACUAGAUCCAUUUUGCUGUUUGAAAUGACUAUGCAAGUAACAUUCCCCGUUCCACCUGAGGCAGAUCUGAUAAUCAAGACAUCCAAUUAUAUUCAGGUUACAGUAUGAAGAAUCUGUGUGCAAAGCAAUGGGCAGUGGUGUUUGCUCCUGGAAAUGAAGGAGAGGCAGCGUUGGAGAGCUGAAGAGGAUGCUCUGUUGCGUGCAUACGUGAAACAGUAUGGUCCAAGGGACUGGAACCUUGUGUCACAGCGCAUGAACAGACCACUUGAUAGGGAUGCUAAAUCCUGCUUAGAAAGGUGGAAGAACUACCUUAAACCCGGUAUCAAGAAGGGUUCUCUCACUGAGGAGGAGCAGUGCCUUGUCAUCAGACUUCAAGCCAAGCACGGUAACAAGUGGAAGAAGAUUGCAGCAGAGGUUCCUGGGCGUACUGCCAAGAGGCUAGGCAAGUGGUGGGAAGUGUUCAAGGAGAAGCAGCAGAGGGAGCAGGACAGCACCAAGGCCCUUGACCCCAUUGAAGAGGGCAAGUACGAUCAGAUUCUUGAGAAUUUUGCAGAGAAGCUGGUAAAAGAGCGUCAAACACCACAGUACCCAAUGGCCACUUCCAAUGGGGCCUUCUUGCACUCUGACCAGCCUACGCCUCCACCAACUUUGCUUCCUGCAUGGCUUUCUAGUUCCAAUGGUAGAACUACUGUGAGACCCCCAUCACCUUCGGUUACACUCACUCUCUCCCCGGCAACUGCCAUGCCAGGUUCUGCCAUCCCCUGGCUACAGCCUGAAAGAGGUGGGGAUAACAAUCCCAUGCUCCUGGGCAGUUUGCCAUCGCAUGGAGCAGUUCCUGCGAUUGGGGAUGGUCUAAUAAUCUCUGAGCUUCUGGAAUGUUGCCAAGAGUUGGAAGAGGGGCACCGGGCUUGGGCAGCACACAAGAAGGAAGCAACAUGGAGGUUAAAACGGGUGGAGUUGCAGCUGGAGUCUGAGAAGGCAAAUCGUAGGCGAGAGAAAAUGGAGGAAAUAGAGUUAAAGGUGAGGGCCCUCAGGGAAGAGCAGAAAGUUACUCUGGACCAGAUUGAAGCAGACUAUAAGGAACAGUUGGCAGGUCUAAGGAGGGAUGCUGAGGCCAAAGAGCAGAAGUUGGCUGAGCAGUGGGCUGCAAAGCACCUGCGGCUUAUGAAGUUCCUUGAGCAGACUGGAUGCAGGUCUAGGCCUGCUGACCCAAAUGGCAAUGGCAGGUGAGGAUUGAUAAUGCCAUUUGAUGU